AUGAACGUCUUCUUAGCGAUGAUGAACGACGCCGUAGCGGAGAUGAACUAUGCCAUAGCGAAGAUGAACGAAGUCUUAGCGAAGAUGUAUGAUGAAAUCGCAAAGUUUGAUGCCGCCUCAGAGAAUAAAGCGGCUGCAGAGAUCAUGUUGGAGGCCGCGGAGAAGAACUUGGAGGAGGCCGUAGAGAAGAACUUGGAGGUCGUAGCUAUGGUGAUGGCCUCUGCAGAGAGAUUCAAAGCCCGUGUCGAGCAAAUCACAGCGACUGAGGCGGCUGGAAGUGAGUCGUCUGAAGACGAGCAAAAUCUUUGA